AUGUACGCUUCUCAGACCCUAUUUGCUUGCACUAUUGUGUGCCAGUUUUGCCUUGCUAAUCAGACUAAUGAGGAUUCUCAACUGCUUGGACCAGCAUGGUACACACAUUUUUUGGUGAUAGCCUCUGUAGUCAGAAAAGCACUUUUACGUUUCACUGCUGUUGAACUCUUAGAUGAUGGUGCAAAGGUUUACCAAUGUGAAAGAUGCAAGCAGAAAAUUAAGGCUAAAAAACAGCUAACUGUUUCUAUAGUACCUUACGUUCUAACGGUACAUCUUAAGCGGUUUGAAGCACAUAGAUCCAAAAAAAUCGACAGGAAAGUCGAGUUUGCCUCUGCAGUUGACAUGAAACCUUUUGUCAGUCUCCCUAUUGAAGUUGCUUCUGGCUCUGCUUGCUUGCAUGUGGAGGAUGAUAAUAGUGUCAGUGUCCAUUGUAAAAGCAUAGCGAGUAGUAAUGGGAGUAUGUUGCUAGGCUCUCCCACCGGAGAGCUCAAGGAGAGAACUAAUCGAAAUGGUGCCAUUCUUGCGUCAGACCAAGAGCCACCCUUGAGGAGUUGA